AUUUAACAAAAGUUUAUAUUAAGUUCAAUUGAACUCAAAAUGCCAUGUUCACGUUUUAAAUACCAAAGAUGCCCAGGGUGAAGAACAAAAGUGUAUAACGCUUAAAAGGAGAGGUUGAGAUGAAUGCCCGGUACUUUUGAGGUCGUUUUUAAACAUCCUAUGAGCGUUCGGAGUUUGAUGUUAUUUCUCUGAGGGUGUUCUUCUCCUGUCGGGGGGGAGAACAGAGAUCCUCCGCCGGAGCAGGAAGCUGCUGCUGGGACCGCUGAGGGGCAGGCACAGGAGCUAGGAAGCAGACCGACAGCUAGUGUCCACCGCGAUGUUCACCCAAACAGGGCUGCGACAACCGUGAGGCACGUCCACCCCUGCGCGCGGGUGUCCGGGGCUCCGACCCUUUAAAAAAAAGGAAAAAGAGGGGGGCGUGUUUUUUUUUUUUUUUUUUGGUUUUCUGCCUGGGGAAGAUGAAGGAGCUGAAGGGCUGCGGUAUGCGCUCCUCGGUGGGCUUUCUGUCCCGCAGAGAGCUGACCGGCCAGUCGCUCCUGAAGGAGGAAUUCCAGAGGCGCAGGCUGUCGGGGUGCACGAGCCUCUACAAGAAAGACAUGCUCGGCCAUUUCGGCUGCGUCAACGCCAUUGAGUUCUCCAACAACGGCGGAGACUGGCUCGUGUCUGGAGGAGAUGACCGCCGUGUGCUUCUGUGGCACAUGGAGAAAGCCAUCCAUAGUCAGUCCAAGCCAGUGAAACUGAAGGGAGAGCACCUCUCCAAUAUCUUCUGCCUUGCUUUUGAUAGUACCAACAAAAGAGUCUUUUCUGGGGGAAAUGACGAACAGGUGAUUCUUCAUGAUGUGGAGAGGAGGGAAACUCUGAACGUGUUCCUGCACAUCGACGCUGUGUACAGCCUGUCCGUCAGCCCUGUCAACGACAACGUGUUCGCCAGCUCUUCUGACGACGGCCGCGUUCUCAUCUGGGACAUUCGCGAACAGCCGCAUGGAGAGCCGUUCUGCCUGGCCAGCUACCCCUCGGCCUUCCACAGUGUGAUGUUUAACCCGGUGGAGCCCAGGCUGCUUGCCACGGCCAACUCCAAGGAGGGAGUCGGACUUUGGGACAUCCGCAAGCCACGGAGCUCUCUGCUCCGUUAUGGAGGCAGCAUGUCCCUGCAGAGCGCCAUGAGCGUUCGCUUCAACAGCACCGGCACGCAGCUGCUGGCCCUGCGCCGCCGCCUGCCCCCGGUCCUGUACGAGCUGCACUCCCGCCUGCCCAGCUUCCAGUUCGACAACCAGGGCUACUUCAACUCCUGCACCAUGAAAAGCUGCUGCUUCGCCGGGGACAAGGAUCAGUACAUCUUGUCGGGAUCGGAUGACUUCAACCUCUACAUGUGGAAAAUCCCAAAGGACCCUGAAGCAGGAGGCCCCGGCCGCGUGGUAAACGGAGCCUUUAUGGUCCUGAAGGGUCACCGUUCCAUCGUGAAUCAGGUCCGCUUCAACCCUCACACCUACAUGAUCUGCUCCUCCGGAGUGGAGAAAGUCAUCAAGGUGUGGAGUCCGUACCAGCAGCCGGACAGUCUGGGGGACCUGGAGGGCCGCGUGGAGGACCGGUCCCGCAGCCUGUACACGCACGAGGAGUACAUCAGCCUGGUGCUCAACAGCGGCAGCGGCCUGGCCCACGACUACGUCAGCCAGUCCAUCCAGGAGGACCCGCGCAUGAUGGCCUUCUUCGACUCCCUGGUGCGGCGGGAGAUCGAGGGCUGGAGCUCCGACUCCGACAGCGACCUGAGCGAGGAGGCCAUCAUGCAGCUGCACGCCCGGGGGCGGCGCUCCACGCGGGCCACGGCCGCCGCCGCCCCCGCCAUCGCCUCCGCCGCCGACGCCGCCGACCACCACCACAGCGACUCCGAGCACUCCUCCUCCUCCUCCCUGGCCGGACCCGACGGCUCAGGGGGGGAGGAGCAGGGCGGGGAGGAGGGGGAGGAGGGCGAGGAGCGCCCCCGGAGGCGGAGCAGGCCCCAGCGCCAGCAGUCGGGCUUCCUGGCCAACGAGGACUCGGACUCCAGCGAGUUCUGGCUGGACCCCAUGCCCCGCCCGCGCUCCCCGAGCCCCCGGGAGAAUUCCACCCUGUCCAGCCCCGCCUCCUCCCCCUCCCUCCCCGCCGGAGCCUCCAGCUCGUCCACGUCCACCUCCAGCUCCAGCAGCGAGGACGAGGAGCGCUGCAGCGCGGUCAGGAGGCGCAACGCCAUGAGGCGGCGGCGCAUGCAGGUGGUCUCCAGGGCCGGCGAUCGGCCCGAGUCGGUCCAGGCCCUGUUCUCGGCCGUGGACUCCUGCAGCUACCCGUCCAUCUCCGUGGACGACCUGUCGUCCUCCUCGACGGGCGAGGAGCCGAACUCCCUGAGAAUCAAGCCGCGGGCGGGCGGCGAGGAAAAGCGCCUGAGCCCGUCCGACUUCGUGUGCCUGAGCCCGGUCAUGUCCCCCGAGAGCGAGGAGGACGAGGGAGGGAGCGGCCGGACUGAGCCGGACAGGCGCCCGGCCUCGUCUCCGCCGUCGGCGGACGCGGGCCGGACCCAGGGGAGGGAGCCGGCCUCGGACAGCUCGGACAGCAGGGAGGCGGGCAGCAGCCUGGCGGCCGCAGACGGCAGCGCCCUGAGCCAGAGCAGCCCCGGAGUGAACGGCAAGCACCGGCCGGCGGGCGCAGGGGGGGGCUGCGAGACCCAGCGGGCGUCCUCAGAGUCCGAGGUAGAGACUGAAGAGGCCAGGGCCCAGAGGGACAAGGGCCCGGCGCAGAGCGCCCUGAAACGGACUCACGUGGGCUCGGACGAGAAAGAGCUGAGCUGCUCCCCUUUUGAGAAGAAGCUAAAGACGUAA